GCACGUGGCCAUGGAGGCUAUGAGUCUGAUUUUAGUGAUGAGGAGAAUGGAGAGAAGUCUGUGCAAAAGGCUAAAAGUAUAAAGGAAGAUGGCCUUCUGAUAAAGCCAUUCCAAAAGGCAAAACAAGGCGGUGUGGUUCACAGACAAUUUGCAGCUGAAGAAUGGGAUAGGGAAGAAGCAAGAAAAAGAAGAUUUCACUUGAUAGCGAUGGAUGCCUAUGAAAGACAUAAAAAGUUUGUGAAUGACUACAUUUUAUACUAUGGUGGCAAAAUAGAGGAUUUCCGACGUUCUAGCGCAAAUGACAAGACGGACCUUGAUGUUAUUAGAGAAAACCAUAGAUUCCUGUGGAAUGAAGAUGAUGAAGCAGACAUGAAUUGGGAGAAGAGACUUGCAAAGAAGUAUUAUGAUAAAUUGUUCAAAGAAUACUGUAUAGCAGAUCUCAGUAGAUACAAAGAGAAUAAGUUUGGUUUUAGAUGGCGACAUGAGAAAGAAGUAAUUUCAGGAAAAGGUCAGUUUUCCUGUGGAAAUAAGCGCUGUGAUGACAAAGAAGGCCUUAAGAGCUGGGAGGUGAAUUUUGGUUACGUUGAACAUGGUGAAAAGAGGAAUGCACUUGUGAAAUUGAGACUAUGUCCAGAAUGUUCCUACAAACUAAACUUUCAUCACCGGAGGAAAGAAGUCAAAGCAUGCAAGAAAAGAGGCACAACUGCACCGGGGUCUAAAGAACCAAAAAUUAAGAAGACAAAAUUAUCUCGUUCAGCAAAAAAGAAGUCAAAAAAAAAGACCCAUAAAGAUCAGGUUUCUUCAGAAGAUUCAGAUAAUUCUGAUAAAGAUUCAGAUAACAGCGAUGCACAAGAUGGUCCUUCAGAUGCUGACUUUUGGAAAGGUCCUUUACAAGAAGCAGAUGAAAAAUCACGGGAAGAGGAGUUCGAUGAGUAUUUUCAAGACUUGUUUCUCUGA